UAUCUUCCUUAAGAGGGCUUCCAUCUCUUAGGAUUCUUGAUUUGCGUAAAAACAAAUUAAAAGGAAUACUAAAUGUUGAAGGUAGAUCAAUUGUUUCACUUAUUUUUUGUUUUCAUCAAUCAUUUUAUAUCCUUCUAAUGAAAUCUUGUUUCUUUUCCCUCAUUGUAAUUUAAUUGAUUUCAUUUUGCCCUGUGACUGCUAGAAUUAGUUGGUUUAAACAAGUUGAAGGAGCUAGACUUAAGCAACAAUAAUGUGGAAAGUUUUGUGGCUCCAAAAGGUACUGAUAGAAGUAGAAUGUGUGGUUAUGAUGAGGCCUUGUCAUUCUAUUCCUUUCAUCAAAAAAUACCCUAAAAGAAUUAGCAAACUUGAUCCAUUAGUUUCAUACUCAUAAAUUUUUUUGAUGAAACAAUAAACUUUGUUGCAGGUAUUAAAAGACCACUGAGCCUAAGUAAUUUGGAAGUGCUUCAUUUGUAUGAUAAUUCUUUCAGUAACAAAACUUUAUCUUCCCUAAGAGGGUUUUCAUCUCUCAAGAGUCUUGAUUUGAGUAUGAACAAAUUAAAAGGACUACUAAAUAUUAAAGAAUUAGUUGCUCUAAACAAUUUGAAGGAGCUGGAUUUAAGCCGCAAUGAAGUGGAAAGUUUUGUGGCUCCUGAAGGUACACAUGUUCAAACUAGAAAGUUGGUUAUAAUGAGGCCUAGUCAUCUUGUUCCUUUCAUCAAUAAAUCCCUAAAAGAAUUAGAACACUUAACCCAAUAGUUUCAUACUAGUAAAAUUUUUUAUUGAACUAUAAUUUACUUAUGCAUCAAUAGAGAAACAUUUCGCUCAAGCUCAAGUAGAACUUUUAAGGCCAUGUUUACAAUCGCUACUAUGGAGCAUAUGUCCUUUUCAAAAGAUCAUGAGUUUGCUACAAGUUCACAUCUCUGCAACUUUAAAGCUUAUCUUGAUCCCCUCUUUUGCUUGUAGAUACAAGAAGUUCAAGUGUGUUAGAAGUCCUAUAUCUAAGUGAGAACAACAACACUUGUGGAAGCUGUCUAGUACAGUCAAUCAGGGCAUUCCCUUUAAUUAGGACCCUUGAUCUUACUUACAGUACAUCUAUAGAACCAGUGAUUGCUAUAGAGCAUGUCAUAUGUUUACAAUGGAAGCAUCCUUCGUUACAUGUCAGGUAUUGAUUUAUCUUGCAACCAGCUCACGGGAAGGAUCCCACUUGAAAUUGGGUACUUGAAUGAGAUACAUGCACUAAACUUGUCACACAACAAGCUAAUAGGACCAAUUCCCUCUACAUUUUUAAACCUUAAGCAGAUUGAAAGUUUGGACCUCUCCUAUAACAAUUUGAAUGGGAGAAUCCCCCCUCAGUUGAUUGAGCUAAACACCCUAGCUGUGUUUUCUAUUGCACACAACAACUUAUCAGGACCAAUCCCUGAUCAAAAAGCUCAGUUUGGGACCUUUGAUGAAAGUACCUAUGAAGGAAAUCCUUUCCUCUGUGGAGCGCCACUACAAAUCAACUGCACCAAAAUUGAAUCACCAUCAGUGACCAAUGUCUCCAAUUAUGACAGAGAAAACAAUGGUUUUAUUGACAUGACUGUUUUCUACUGGACCUUUAUGGUGGCUUAUGUUGCAAUCUUGAUGGCAAUCACAGCAGUUCUACACAUAAAUCCUUAUUGGAGACGGAAAUGGUUUUACUUCAUUGAAGUUUGCAUCACUUCUUGUUACUGCUUUGUUCUGGACAACUUUUGUUAGUUUUCUAAAACAAUCAUUUAACCUUUGUAGAGUCAAGACUCAAGAGUGACCAAUAAUCAAAAUUGUAAGAGAAAAUGAGUAUUCAUGGGGUAGACUUCCAUUCAAAUGAUCUUAAUGCAAGCUUUGAUAUUGAAGUUUCGCACUAAUAAAGUUCAUCACACUAA